AUGGAUCCAGUCCCUCCAAGGUACCAGACAUGGACUUUGUGGACGUGGAUGGCAUACUGGGCAACAGACACGAUCAACCUGGGUACCUGGGAAACGGCCUCUUCUGUGCUCGCCGUGGGUCUGAAUUGGCGCGACGCAAUCCCCAUCAUGGUUGUCGGUACCAGCUGUGUGGCUAUCCCCAUGGUCCUCAAUGGUGCUAUCGGAGCCAAAUUGCAUAUCCCCUUCUCGGUCAUUGUCAGAUCCAGCUUCGGAUAUUACUUUGCCUACUUCUGCAUCGUCUCUCGGUCCAUCUUGGCCAUGUUCUGGCUUGGGAUCCAAGGCGCCAACGGUGCACAGUGCAUUACCCUCAUGUUGACCGCCAUCUGGCCGUCGUACGGGCACAUUAAGAACCAUCUCCCCAGCGAUGCCGGCAUCACAACGCAGGGGAUGAUUAGCUAUUUUCUCUUCUGGAUAAUUCAGCUCCCGCUAUUGCUGAUCCCUCCGACGAAGCUGCGCUGGCUUUUCAUCAUCAAGCUCGUCGCCGCGCCAAUCACUGCAUUGGCCACUCUCGGCUGGAUUGUGCACAAGGCAGGAGGUAGUGGUGCCAUCUUCUCCCUCCCCGAAACAGUUCAUGGCAGUCAGCGCGCCUGGCUGUGGUUGUCGUGCAUGUCGUCGGUCACAGGUUCUUGGGCCACGUUGGCCUGCAACAUCCCCGACUUCAGUCGCUAUGCCAGGAGCUCCCGUGGCCAGUACAUUCAGCUCCCUUUCCUUCCAGCCAUAUUUACAGUUUGCGGUGUGAUGGGCAUUGUCACCACCUCUGCCUCCAAGGUCCUUUAUGGGGAGUUUCUGUGGAACCCGUUGGACAUUAUCGCCCACUGGCUGGAUAACCCAGGUGGCCGUGCCGCUGCCUUUUUUGCCGCGCUCUCGUGGUAUAUUGCCCAAGUCGGCACCAACAUCACCGCGAACAGCAUUUCGGCCGCGAAUGACCUGACGGUUCUCUGUCCCAAAUACAUCAACAUCAAGCGUGGUUGUGUUAUCGCAGCUCUUGUUGGUGGCUGGGUCAUUGUCCCGUGGAAGAUUCUCAGCUCUGCAACGACCUUUUUGGCCUUCAUGGGUGGCUAUGCCGUGUUCCUUGCACCCAUGGCUGGUAUCAUCGCCUCUGACUAUUGGAUUGUCAAGCGACAACACAUUGAUGUGCCUGCUCUGUACGAUCCUCGUGGGCGGUACCGGUACAACAUAUAUGGCAUCAAUUGGCGAGCGAUGCUGGCCUUUCUCCUCGCCAUUGGGCCUUGCAUGCCUGGCCUGGCGUGGAGCAUCAACAACAAGUCGAGAAUCACGGCGGGAGCGCAACACCUGUAUUCUUUCGAUUGGCUCUAUGGCUUUGUGACCAGCAUCUUUGUCUACUCGGUGACGAGUCACUUUUGGAAGCCGACGGAGCAGAUCGUGGCACACACUGUCUACGGCAUCCCUCAAGACCCUGAUGAGGAAGAGGCGUACGAAGAAGCGUAUGACGAGAAGGUUCUCCGGAAGGACAGUCUCGUGGGCAACCCAAAGAGCUUUGCCAAUGUAGGAGGGAUCGACGACAUGGGCAGUGCCCUCCACUUUCGACGGUCUCUUGACGAGACUGCCAGGGAGAGUCUGGAGGUGAUACGAGCGAGUAGGGCGAGUCAGGGUGGUCAAGGGCCACACCAGCCAGGGACUGUCCCCGCUCAUCUGAAGGGUGUUGACCCGGAGGUGUUGAAGCAAACGGUUUAA